AUGUUAGCAGAUGGAAGGAUUGUAGCAGUCAUGAAAUCUAAAGUAGUCGACGAAAGCCAAUUAGAGCAGUUCAUUAACGAGGUGGUCAUUCUUUCGCAAGUCAAUCAUAGGAAUGUUGUCAAAUUAUUGGGAUGUUGCCUAGAGACAGAAGUUCCAAUGCUGGUUUCAGAAUUCAUUCCAAAUGGUACUUUGUAUGAUUGUCUUCACAACGAUACCGAUGACUCCCCAAUUUCUUUGGAAACGAGAUUACAAAUAGCUACAGAAGUUGCAGGAGCACUUGCUUACUUGCAUUCGGCAACUUCCCUUCAAAUAUAUCACAGAGACAUUAAAACUACUAAUAUUCUUUUAGAUGAUAAUUAUAGGGCCAAAGUUUCUGACUUUGGAACUUCAAGAUUUGUAGCAAUUGAUAAAUCUCAUUUGACAACCUUAGUCAAAGGUACAUUUGGCUACUUAGAUCCCGAGUAUUUCCAAUCCAGUGAUGUUUAUAGUUUUGGAGUUGUUUUGGUUGAACUUUUGACCGGAGAAAAGCCGAUUUCCCUUGCUAGAUCUGAUGAACAUAGAAGUCUAGCUACUCACUUUAUGCUGGCUAUGGAAGAAGGAUCUGCUAUGUCAAUUUUUGAUGUAGUGGUGAUUAACGAGGGUAGUAGGGAUGAGCUUCUGGUAAUAGGAAACCUUGCAAUGCGAUGCUUGAAUCUGAAUGGAAGGAAUAGGCCAACUAUGAAAGAGGUAGCUAAUGAGUUAGAAACCAUAAGAACGUCACACAUUGCUUCUACGGUUCAAACUAGUAUGGAGCUGUGA